GCUCUGACACUCCUUCCACAUUUACCCAUUCACACGCUGAUGGAGGGAGCUGCCAUGCAAGGCGCUAACCAGCACCCAUCAGGAGCAAGGGUGAAGUGUCUUGCUCAGGACACAACGGACGUGACGAGGUUUUCCAAGUUUCCUGCCAGUUUUCCACUUGUGGUCGAUUAUUUACCAGGUUUGUUUAUGCCAAACAGAGGAGAGCGCCACGGACUACUCCCUCGCCACCUCCGACUACGACGACUUUCCACAGCUUUGUGAGAAAGACCACAACCAGCAGUUCCGCCUGUGGUUUAUGUCUCCUUUCUUCACCGCCAUCAGCUGCACGGGACUGUUGGGGAACCUCCUGGUCAUCCUCACCUUCGUCUACUUCAACCGCCUCAAGACCAUGACGGACGUGUACCUGCUCAACUUGGCCUUUGCAGAUCUGCUCUUCGCGCUGUUGCUGCCCUUCUGGGCAGCCAGCUACGUUGCAGAGUGGCCGUUGGGCGUCGCCAUGUGCAAGACGAUGCACACGUUUUCCAAGCUCACGUCUUACAGCAGCAUGUUCCUGCUCUGCCUGAUCAGCGUGGACCGCUACUUUGCCAUCGCCAAGGCUGUUUCCGCCCGACGACUGCGCUCCCGGACUGUCUUCGUCAGCAAGGUGUCGUCCGUUGUAGUCUGGAUCACAGCUCUGAUCAGUUCCAUACCAGAAAUGAAAUACACAACAGUCGCCAACAACAUCUGCACUCCUUUCACCAGUUUGUCUGACCCGCUUCGCGUCGGCAUCCAGACCAGCCAGAUUGUUCUCGCCUUCGCGCUCCCGUUGUUUGUCAUGAGCUUCUGUUACAGUAAAAUCGUGCAGACGCUUUGUCAGACUCAAAACUUUGAGCGCAACAAGGCCGUCAAAGUCAUCCUCGUUGUCGUCGUGGUCUUCGUGGUCUGUCAGGUGCCGUACAACGUUGCCUUGUUCUGGGCCACCGUCUUCGCAGCCAACGGAGGAACUUCGGACUGCGCAUACGAAAACAACCUUGUCUAUGCGACUGACAUCACUCAGUGCGUGGCCUUCCUUCGCUGCGCCCUCAACCCUUUCGUGUACGCCUUUGUCGGGGUUAAAUUCCGCCAUGACCUCCUGAGGCUAAUGAGGAAAUUGGGUUGCGUGAGUCAGGAGAGGUUCCUCAGGUACACGUGUGGCAGGAGAAAUAUCCCCGGUGCCUUAGACACAGACACCACCACCACAUUCUCGCUAUGAGAAACUUAAGCCAUAGACCACACAACUGCAAUACUUCCCAACUGCUGAGGGUUCGCUUUGUGUGUAAUCUUCCAUUACUUCCUUUUAUUUUGUUCCAUUUUGUCCUGUUUUGGAUUGAACGCAUUUCCUUUACUCCUUUUUGAGUCUACAGGGUGCAGCUCUUACACUUGAUUUCCUGUGGUGUGCAAUCGCACCGCCAUCUGCCUUCCUUCAAUCCCCAUACCGUCAUGUCGCCGACUGCUACAAGAUCUCUCUAAUCCGCGCAUAAUCGAGUGGUAAAGUAAAUGUUGGAAUAAACCCCACAGAACGUCUCGAGCUUUGCCGUUUGUCCCUCAAUACUCGUAUUGACUUGAUUUGCGAAAAGGACGACAGUUUCUCCUUGCAGAACGACAACUUUAUCAAGUGCAAUUGCGGUCUUGUCAUCCGAAACAUCAGUUUUAUAUUCCCCCUUCCUGUCUCUCUGUGUGUGUGUGCUAAGUCAGGAGAGCACAUCCUGACCAUAAAAGGCACUGGACACCCCACACCCCCUAUUGUUUAUCUAUAUCUCACCUUUUUUGAAAAGGGCACUGGAAGUUGGCAGACCCGUCAGCGAUCCUGUUCUGUCUCCCUGUACUGUUUGAUUCUGCUCUGUCUGUCUGUAAUGUUUUUCUGAUCUUGAAUGGGAUUGCGCUGAAAAUUUUAAUUUCCCCUUGGGGAUUAAUAAAGUAUUUCUGAUUCCGA